GUCAUCACGCUGACCAUCAUCAACCGGCUUUGGAAAUUCUGACGUUCCGCCACUGGGCAGCGUGACCUUCGCUAAUAAAUAGGACAAGCUCCCCUUUAGGACUUCAACAUUCAACGCAAAGGUUAAGGAAGGAAUGAUGCGUAAGGGGGUCACGGAGAGCUUCGGCGCCGCCAUCCAAGCCCUGGGCGCCGGCCAGCUGUCGGAUGGCGUGAUUAGGCGCAGUAAACGGAUGAUGCUGGACACCCUCGGCGUGGGCCUGCUCGGAUCCGGGACGGACGUCUUCGACAAAGUUCUCAAGUACAGCCGGUCGUUCCAGUCAGAGGAGAAUAGCAGAGUUUGGGGCAAAUCGGACGCGACUGUGCCGCCGCACUUCGCCGCGUUUGUCAACGGCGUGGCGGUUCACUCGAUGGACUUUGACGACACGUGGUACCCGGCCACUCAUCCCUCGGGGGCCGUGCUGGCCGCGCUGCUGGCCUUGGCGGAGGUCGCGCCCGGGAGGCCCUCCGGUGUGGACCUGUUGGUGGCCUUCAAUGUUGGCAUCGAGGUGCAGGGCAGACUGCUGAGGUUCUCCAGGGAGGCCUUCAACAUCCCUAAAAGAUUCCACCCUCCCAGCGUGGUCGGCGUGAUGGGCAGCGCGGCGGCCUCUGCCAAGCUUUUGGGUUUAUCGUCCGGGCAAUGCGCCAACGCUCUGGCCAUCGCGGCGUGCUCGGCCGGGGCGCCGCUCGCCAACGCCGCCACCCAAACCAAACCGCUGCACAUGGGCUACGCCGCCCAGAGGGGCCUGGAGGCCGCUCGGCUGGCCCAGACGGACGUGGCGGGCAACCCGUCCAUCCUGGACGCGGAGCACGGCUUCGGGGUUUACUACGAAGACUACGAGCCGUCCGCGAUGACGCUCCCCGGGGUCGGCGGCUCAGGUUGGGUCCUCGAGGAGCAGGACGUGGCCUUCAAGCGCGUGCCCGCUCAUUUGGGGAUGCACUGGGUGGUGGACGCCGCUUUGACGGCUCGCGCUAAGAUCCCAAACUUGGACGCGGGUCAGAUAAAACGGGUCACCCUCCGAGUUCCGCCUUCCAAGUACAUCGACUGCCCUUUUCCCACCACGGAGCACCAGGCCAGGCAUUCCUUCCAGUUCAACGCCUGCUCCGCCAUCCUGGACGCCGGCGUGUCGGUGGGCUCCUUCGCCAGACCUCAAAGGGAGCGUUCGGAUCUCAAGGAGCUCCUGGCCAAAGUAGAGGUGCAGGUUCCCGGGGAUAACCGUGCCAACUUCGACAAGAUGUACGGCGAGGUCGUCAUAGAAAGCCACCGAGGGGAGAGCGUCUCGGCCAGGUGCGACACGUUCUACGGACACUGGAGGAAGCCGCUGAGGCAAGAGGACCUGGUGGCCAAGUUCAUGGCGAACGCUUCCUCGGUGUUGAGCUCGGAGGGCGCCGAAGGCGUGCUGGACACUGUCGGAAACCUGGAGACCGAGGCGGAGUGCACGCCGUUACUUUCGUACUUGACGAUGACGACCGAGCAACGCCACCGCAAGUGUGACUCCGUAGCUUUGUCGCAAAGCGUAUGAGAAAGAGGGAGUCAACGUUUACCCACACCAAACAAAACACUGUAAAUAUUGUUGCUUUCCAAUCAAAAGCAAGCACUUUAUCAAGCCAAAAAAUAUUUGGUCAGGCGAUCAAUCCAGGGUGUACCCGGCCUCUCGCCCAGUCAGCUGGGAUGGGCGCCAGCACGCCCGCGAGCCGCGUGAGGAGAAGCCGUACGGAAUGUGGAUGGAUGGAUAUUUCAUACAGUUUUUUUUCUCACAUUAAACAAUGAACACGGAAGUCAUGUUUCAGAAAUACAAUGUACUCUGAAGUGUGUUUACUGUCCAAUCAAAAUCAUGUUUCCACAAUACUCCAAUACAAUACUCUACUACUUU